CUUCCCUGAAGCUCAUCCAAAUCCAAGCAAGGAGACAUUUGGCUCACGCACUCACUGAUCUGUCCAUCGGUCACUUCCAGUGAAAGUUGCAAGUGACAGCGCAACCAAACCACCAAGAGAAGAUUGUAGAAGAUGGACAAGCUCUGGACAAUCCUCACUCACCUUCACUCCCUUGCAGGGCCAACUGUCAUGCUCCUGUACCCCUUGUAUGCGUCGGUGCAGGCGAUGGAGAGCCCGUCGAAGCUGGACGACGAGCAGUGGCUCGCCUACUGGAUCCUCUACUCCUUCAUCACCCUCGUGGAGAUGGUCCUCGAGUCCCUCAUCUACUGGAUUCCGAUUUGGUACGAGCUGAAGCUGCUGUUCAUCGCGUGGCUGGUGCUCCCUAACUUCAGGGGCGCUGCGUUCAUCUACGACAAGUUCGUGAGGGAGCAGCUCCGGAAGCACGGCCUCACCGCCGGCGGCUCCGGCAGCGUCGGCAGCAGCAAGAAGGAUGACAAGUCGUCCUCGCCUUCGUCCAAGGACAAGGAGAAGCCCAAGAGCAAGCUCCUCUCCUUCGUCACCCCCAAGAAGGAUCACGAAGCUUACUGAACAUGGAUGCAGCUUUGUCCCGGUCCCGGCAAAUUGUAGUGUUCUAGUGUUUAGUUGUGUCUGUUCAUGUCGUUCACUUCACACAGAGCAGCUUCAUGUAUGAUCCUUCUGUAUGUGUGAACAUACGUGGAAUGGAGAUAAGAACUUCCCUGUGGA